CACACAAGUAUCUCAUUCUCAAAUAUAAUUUUCUUCCAAUUCCCUCUCCUCUGCCUCUUAUAAACCCUAAAAAAAAGUAAUUACUCUACUAAAUCCUAAUCUUCCCCUUAAACAAGCAAACCUCCUAUCAAAAUCUUUAAAAAUCUCAUAAAUAUCUUCAUUUUUGGUUGCAAUUUCAUAAAUAUUUAGUAAGAAAUGCAGGGUGUAACAUUAAACCACCAGCUAGCUUUCAAAAGACGCAAAAGAAAUCAUUAUGGCGAAGAACUCAUCAUUUAAUCCUCGAUUCACGAAAAAACUACUUCCUGAUUAUCUUUCUAACUUUAGUAUUCCAAAGACUUUCUUUGACAAAUAUUUAAGAGUGCCAAAAGUAAAAGAAAAUGAAGAAAAGAUGGGCAUUUUACGUGACAAAAGCAAAAGAAUUUGGUACGUAAAAAUGAGGAAUGAUGGACGGCAUUUUGGAAAAACUGGAUGGGAGAAAUUCUGCGAUGAUCACAAUCUUCAAGUUGGUGAUCUCCUCUUAUUUUUUCUUGACAAGAAUUUGGUAUUUGAUGUUAUAAUCAUGGGUUGUAAUGGUUGUGAGUCUCAUCACUUUCAAUCUACUCCUACCACCUCGAGUAAUGACCCGGGUACGACUCUCUCCGUUCUCUGUUCUUUUUAUCAUGAUCGUACUUGUAUUCAGAGUCAAUAUUUUGACUUUAAAAUUCAUAUAUUAUACACCCUCUAUUUCUUUUAAUUGUUUUUAUUUGUCAAUUGCAUU